UCCUACGUUGAACGUGUAGUGGAGUGUGUUAAGCGUUCGAGAGUUAUUUACGACGACUGUGUAGUUUUUACUGUGAAUAAUGUGAUAGUGUAUAUCGUUAUGGCAUUUAGAUAUCGCGAAGAUUUAGUUGGCAAACGAUUUCUAUCAGUGAAUGGUGUAACAAAAAUAAAUGUGAAUAAAGUUUCCGAAUGGGGAUGGAAAGCUGGUGUGAUUAGAGCAGCUUCUCAUAAAGAUAAUAAGAAUAAGGAACUUCAGGUGUUAGUGGAAUAUGAUGGUGUAGAUUGGCAACGCCGUGAGUGGGUAGCUGUUUAUUCGCGACGGACGUUUCGUGUUUUUUUAGUGGAAAGAACUCUAGUGUGGGCACCGAAAAAAAUAGAUAAUAAAGAAAUAAAAUGGCCUGCGCUGACCUUUACUCCACUCGCUGCUGACGUAACAUUACAAGCAGAUACCCAGCCAGUUGAAUUUUUGCAUGAUAAAGAGUUGCUGUUUUUGGACUAUGCUAAUCUUCAACCUUACCAGGAAUGGGACGCCAGGCUGGCUGGUUCAGAGAGCGCAGUGGACGCAGCGGUGCUGGCAGCAGUGGGCAGCGAGGCGGCAGAGUGGCGCACAGUGCAAGACGGUCAGAGGAUCCUGACGAGCACGCCUUCGGUGCUGGGCGGGUGCCGGGCGCAGGUGUACCGGGCCGCCGGCGCCACGCAGUGGUACACCGCCGUCAUCGUCGGAGUUAACGACCACACGGGGGAGCUGACGGUGACUGAUGAUACCGUCCUGGAGGAGCACAGCGAAGACCCAGCGCUGGUGCAGAUGAGGCUCCUCGGUGAUGGAGUUAUUGAGUCCAUAAUGCGUGGAGAAGUUGUUGGGGUCAUGCCUAGAAGAUCUCGAUCCAAUCUUCAGAGAGUGGAGAGAGAAGCUACUAAAAGUCCAGCAACAACAGGAGGUAGGAAGAAGGCAGCUGUGAGAAAUAACGGGCAGAUCGUCGCUGCGGAACCGCCGCCACCACAACCUCCAGGAAACUGCACAUUUCUUAAAUCCAAUGAUACCGUGGACACCAACGAUGGAACGUGGCUUCACCGUUAUACCUUUACCCCACAUUAUAUCUGUAAUAAUGACCUGGAAGAGGCCAUCCGUUAAGAUCAUGGGGAUAUGUUUUCUAGAAUAGUAAAUGGGGAGUCAUGAUUGGCUCGAUCUCGAGUAUUAUUAGAAAGGAAUUUUACGUUUAGAAAAAAGGAAUUCCUAUUGUAUAGUGCAAAAAUGUGACUACAUAUAUACAAUGUA